UUUCAGGCUGGCUGGAAGGAAAACCAUGCAACGUUUAUGAAUGAACUGAAAAACCUUCAGGCUGAAGGACUUACGACUCUUGGCCAGUCCCUAAGGACAGCUUUUGAUUUAUUAAACUUAAAUAGAUUAGUAACUGGCAUAGACAACUAUGGGCAGGGACGAAACCCCUUUUUUCUGGAGCCAGCAAUAAUUAUAACAGUUACUGAUGGAAGUAAAUUAACUACUACCAGUGGGAUACAGGAAGAGCUCCAUUUACCUCUCAAUUCCCCUCUACCUGGAAGUGAGUUGACUAAGGAACCCUUUCGAUGGGAUCAGAGGUUAUUUGCUUUGGUUCUCCGUUUGCCUGGUAUUACAGCACCGGAAUCAGAGCAAAUGACAGGGGUACCGGUGGAUGACUCUGCAAUCACACCUAUGUGCGAAGUCACAGGAGGUCGAUCAUAUUGUGUGUGCUCUCCAAGAAUGCUGAAUCAGUGUCUUGAAUCAUUGGUGCAAAAAGUGCAAAGUGGAGUGGUAAUAAAUUUUGAAAAAGCUGGACCGGAUCCCUCACCAAUUGAUGAUGGGCAGGUGGAUAUAUCUAGACCGUUUGGACCCCAACCUUGGCACAGCUGUCACAAACUUAUUUAUGUCAGACCAAACCCUAAAACUGGGGUUCCUAUAGGUCAUUGGCCUGUUCCUGAAUCCUUUUGGCCAGAUCAAAAUUCUCCAACGCUGCCACCUCGCACAUCUCAUCCUGUGGUGAAAUUUUCCUGUACUGACUGUGAACCGAUGGUCAUUGACAAACUGCCUUUUGAUAAAUACGAGUUAGAACCCUCACCACUGACCCAGUUUAUCCUGGAAAGAAAAUCCCCUCAGACCUGCUGGCAGGUAUAUGUGAGCAAUAGUGCAAAAUACAGUGAACUUGGUCAUCCUUUUGGUUACUUGAAAGCUAGUACAGCGCUGAAUUGUGUGAAUUUAUUUGUGAUGCCUUACAAUUAUCCCGUCCUUCUUCCACUACUAGAUGACUUGUUUAAAGUACACAAGGCAAAGCCUACGUUGAAAUGGCGACAGUCAUUUGAAAGCUAUUUGAAGACAAUGCCUCCUUAUUAUCUUGGGCCUUUGAAGAAAGCUGUGAGAAUGAUGGGAGCACCAAACCUUAUAGCUGACAAUGUGGAAUACGGACUUAGUUACAGUGUCAUUUCAUAUCUCAAAAAGUUGAGUCAGCAGGCCAAAAUAGAGUCCGAUAGAGUCAUUGGCUCUGUAGGCAAAAAGGUAGCGCAAGAGACUGGAAUUAAGGUCAGAAGCAGAUCACACAACCUGUCUAUGGCACAUAGGAACGAUUUUCAACAUCUGCUACAGGGGAUUACUGGGGAAAUUCCUCAUAGACCUCUAGACCUCAAUAUGAAGGAGUAUGCUGGGUUCCAAAUAGCUUUGCUGAAUAAGGAUUUAAAACCUCAGACUUUUAGAAAUGCUUAUGACAUACCCAGAAGAAAUCUUUUGGAUCAGUUAACACGAAUGAGAUCUAAUUUACUGAAGAGUACUCGCAAAUUCCUCAAAGGACAAGAUGAAGAUCAAGUUCACAGUGUACCUAUAGCACAAAUGGGAAACUACCAGGAGUAUCUAAAACAAAUACCUUCUCCACUCCGAGAGCUUGAUCCUGAUCAGCCACGAAGGCUCCAUACAUUUGGCAAUCCAUUCAAAUUGGACAAAAAGGGAAUGAUGAUAGAUGAAGCAGAUGAAUUUGUAUCAGGACCUCAAAAUAAACAUAAAAGACCUGGAGAACCAAAUAUGCAAGGGAUUCCGAAAAGACGCCGUUGUAUGUCCCCCCUGCUCAGAGGUCGACCGCAAACUCCUCCGGUUGUGAAUAACCACAUUGGAGGAAAAGGGCCACCAACACCAAUCACACAAGCACAGCCUGACCUUGUUAAACCUAUUCCUAUUCACAAAACAUCAGAAACAAAUAAUGAGGUUACAAUGGAUGAUGUGGUUGAGAAUCAUGUUACAGACCCACUUUCAUCAGAUGUUUUCCCGAAUACUGUGGCUUCAGAGUUUUCAAUGUCCUCUUCUCCAUUCAAUUCAUUGGAUCGACCAGCAGCUCAUACAGAGGAUGUAGGCCAUGAACAUUUAGGGAAUAACUUGAAUGUUGAUGGGUUUUUGGAGAAUCACGAGGAAUCAGGUAGUAAAGAACAAAGUACUGAAGAAAACUUGCCAAUGUCUUCACCAAGCAAAGGGAAAAAAACAGUGCAUUGCAGAAGUUCCAGAGAGAUUAAUAUGGAGCUAAGAGCACAAAUUAUGAAAGAGAUCCGAAAACCAGGAAGGAAGUAUGAAAGAAUCUUCUUUCUACUGAAACAUGUACAAGGAAGCUUACAAACCCGACUCAUAUUUUUACAAAAUGUUAUUAAAGAAGCUUCAAGGUUUAAAAAGCGAAUGCUGAUAGAACAGCUUGAGAGUUUUCUGGAAGAAAUCCAUCGCAGAUCGAAUCAGGUCAACCAUAUCAACAGCAGCUAAGAAACACUGCACAGAAGAGAAAGCCGCAGCAGGGCGCUGCUGUCCUUACUUGCAUUCAUUUUUGACAUGCACUCUUAUCUCAAGUUCCUAUACCUGAAAGAAUAAGAAGCUGCUCUAUAAAAUGAUGAGUAAAGUAUCCAUCAUCUUUUUUUU